CUUCUUCAACAACAAAGCCAUAGAAAUGAAGAAUUAGAGAGAGUGAGAGGAGGAAGAAGAAGAAGAAGAUUCCAGAAUCCAGAGUGAGAAACAUUAGGCUUAUCAGAGGAGACAUGCCCGAGUUGAACCGACAAUUCUAUUACUACUCUUUGCUUCUUUCUUCAUGCCUCAUCAAAUCCCAAAGGAUAUAAUUGAAGGUUUUGGGAACUAAGGCUGCAAUAUUGUAUACAUUCUACUCAAGGAAUGGUCAAGAUCUGGAAAUUUGCUAUGUGGAAAGGUUAAAUGAAGCCAUUCUUGUUGAGUCAUCCUGAUACUAUGUACAAUUGUUCUCAAGUUUAUUGUAGUCAUUCACUGGCUCAUACUUCUUAUCCUUGUGGUGAUCCUUAUUUUGGUAGUUCAAUAGUUGCUUAUGGAACACAGGCUAUUACUCAACAAAUGGUGCCCCAGAUGCUGGGAUUAGCAUCCACCAGAAUUGCAUUACCAGUUGAGCUUGCAGAAGAUGGGCCCAUUUAUGUCAAUGCCAAACAAUACCAUGGUAUACUGAGAAGGCGACAGUCACGAGCAAAGCUUAAGGCUCAAAACAAACUCAUCAAAAGUCGUAAGCCAUAUCUUCAUGAGUCUCGGCACCGCCACGCAUUGAAAAGGGUUAGGGGAACUGGGGGGCGCUUUCUUAGUGCCAAACAGCUUCAACAGUUUAAUGCAGAACUUGUCACCGAUGCCCAUUCAGGCCCGGGCCCUGUCAAUGUUUAUCAAAAGAAAGAUGCAUCUGAGGCAGAAAGUCAUCCCUCAAGAACUGGAAAAAAUGCAUCUAUCACAUUCACAGCAAUCUCUGGCUUGACAAGUAUGUCCGGUAACAGUGUCAGUUUCAGGCGGCCUGAGCACAACUUCUUGGGGAACUCUCCUAAUAUAGGUGGAUCGUCGCAAUGCAGUGGGGGACUCACCUUUGGUGGUGGAGCUCGGCAAUGUACUUCAGUUGGCCGGUGAGAGGUGGAACCAAUCAAAAUCAAGUUCACUGGUCUGGCAAAUCAUCCUUGGCUUAGUCACUUUACUUUCUGUGUUUCAUGUGUUGUUACGGAAAUGUUGUCUUUUGGAAGACUCUGCAUUAGCACUCAGACUUUUGCUAGUGCUUUCCCAUGUAUUUUGAAAGUUGCUCUUGUUUCUGUUGUUGAACUGGACCAGAAAGUUUGUGCUUGAAAAUUUAACUUUUUAUCCGUC